CCUGAAUGCGUCUGGUGGUUAUUAUUUUCUAUAUUGGUGUGAACGAGGGAAAGUUCAAAUCAAAAGGACAUUUCAGAUUCCCCCCGCAGUAACCAGGUUUAGAAAUGUCUUCUCAAAAUAUUAAGAUGGCUAUAGCUGACAUGUUCGAGGGUCUGUCGAACAAUAACUUUAACAAUUUCCGCCACGAGCUUUUACAUCGCAAAGAAGGACCGCGGGUUGCACGGAUCAGGGUGGAGGGUAAAACCCACUUUGAGAUCACAAACGUCCUCGUUUCCACUUUCACGGAGACUGGCGCUGUUGGGGUAGCUGUUGAGAUGUUAAGAGGGAUUGACUGCAACGAGGAAGCUGACCAACUCGAAAUGGACAAACGAAAGGCUGUAAAACUCAUGUUGUCUAACCUGUCAGCAGUCAACUUUAACAAUUUCCGAAGCGAGCUUGUGCACCGCAAAAAGGAGCCGCGGGUCGCGCUCAACAGGGUGGAGGGGAAAUGCUUCUUAGAGAUCACAGAUGUCCUGAUAUCCACUUUCAGUGAGACCGGAGCUGUCAAAGUGUCUGCUGAGUUAUUGAACGCGAUGUAUUGCAACACAGAAGCAGCCCAACUGUUGAAAGAUACAGGUGUUGAAUACUCAGAACCUGGAUCCAGUAACACUGCGGGACCCUCAGCUGGAGGGACAGCUGACAGUAAGCACUUUGUGGAUAAACAUAGAACCGAGCUGAUCAACAGAGUGAACUGCGUUGCAGACAUUUUGGACCAGCUCCUUGAGAAAGAAGUCAUCACACAAUCCAGUUAUAGGGAAAUCCUGGUAAUCCCAACCUCUCCGCAGAAGAUGAGGGAGCUCUUCAGUGGUCCCCUGAAUGCAGCAGGGCCCCGUGGCAAAGACGUCUUCUACAGAAUCCUUGAGAAAGAGGAGAAAUAUCUCAUUGAGGAGCUCAAGGGAAAGAAGUGAAUGUUGUGGAGAAAUCAUUGUUCAGACUAAACGUACAUUGUGCCUCAAGAAAAAAAAGCGUCUUAAACGAUUACAAUGGGGAAAUAGUAAUGUAAACGUCUCUGUAGGGGGUUCUAUCAAAUAUAGCUUUUGCACCUUCAUGUUUAAUCAUAGCUCUUGCCCUUUUUUUACACUUGGACCAGUCAUAUUUUGUAAAAUGAAUACGUUUUCCUGUAAGGUUAAAACCAGAUUCAGCAAACCAUGUAAGUCAUUCAUGUGAUGUAAUGAUGUAAGACAUGAUUUAGCAUUCUCACCUGACAUGUAAUGUUUUGAUCCAGCAAAUCCCAGAUGGAUUGAGUCAGCUGUUAACCUAUUUUUUAUAAAUUAAAGGAUGCUUGAUCAUGAAUGAUUAUCCUUAGGUUUUGCAUGCAGAUUAUAUCUUUAAUGUUUGUCUUAUGUGCUUAACGAUUGUAUUGUUGUUUUUUCCCUUAUAAUAAUGAAAGUAUGUUUACUUUUGGAGGCCAAUGUUUUCUAUUUCAAAAUACAUUUUCAAUAAACUCUUAUAAAUAUUA